AUGACAACCAUCACCGCCCAAAUGGACACAACCAACCGUCCCGACGAAUGGAAAAUCGAACAGGGCAUGGCAGGGCACAAACUGCCGAUUCUGGAUCAAACGGGACUAGACACCGUGCAUAUCUAUCCGCCUGGUCCGACCAAGCGAGAUAGAGACGAUGAGGCGAUUGCUUCGGUGGGGGAUCGGGCGGAGUUGUUUAGGAGGGAGAGGGAGGGGUGGAAGGGAUACGUGGAAUGGGAAAAACACCCCGAGAAAAAAGCCGCCGCGCAUAAAAUCCUCACCUCUCAAACCUUCGAUCCCUGUCCUGAUUACAUGUUCGGACCGAUCCCCGACUCCAACCCCGUGUUGACCGGCGAAGACUUCAAACAAUGGCAUGCCGCGUUGGGCGGAGAACUCGCCUCCGUGGCGGAUGAUUCCUGGCGGACGGUGCUGCGCGAAAAACACCCCGACAUGCUGCACUUGUUGCAGUUUCCGUAUAACGGCGAGCCGCCGAAGCGGUUGGUUACCUCCAAGGUGGUGACUCCGAAUCCAUUGCAUUUUGUAAGGAAUCAUGGAGGGAUUCCGCUUAUCGAUAAGGAGAAGUGGGGUUUGUCGCUGGAUGGAUUGGUGAAGCAUCCGAAGAGUUAUACGUUGGAGGAUUUGCAGGAUGAGACAAGGUUCCCGAGGAUUGAGAAAACGGCGACGAUUCAGUGUUCUGGGACGAGGCGCAUCGAGCAGAUUAGUCUGUAUGGUGGGCAGGGGGAUGAGGUGCCGCAGGCGCCGUGGGCGGAGGGGGCGAUUGGGACGGCGAGGUACGUGGGGAUUAGUUUGAAGAAGGUGAUUAAGGAUUGUGGGGGGUUGGUUGCGCCCGCGAAGCAUUUGGAGUUGUAUGGGGCGGAGACGUAUAUUAAGGAUUUGGAGGCGAUGAAUUAUGUGGUGAGUGUGCCGUGGUCGAAGGUCAAGGCGAACGAGGUGAUUUUGGCGUGGGAGAUGAAUGGCGAGCCGUUGCCGAAGAUUCAUGGGUAUCCGUUGCGGGUGGUGGUGUUGGGGUAUAUCGGGGCGAGGAGUGUCAAGUGGUUGUAUCGCAUCAAGGCGAUUGAGAAUCCGUCGCGGGCGCCGGUGCAGAGUCGCGAGUAUCUGUACUUCAAUCAGCAGAUUGGCAAGUACAAUCAGAAGCCGACGGAGGGGAUCCAGAUCCAGGAGAUGCCGGUGAGUUCGGCGAUUAUGUCGCCGUGGACGAAGCAGGUGAUUGUGCAUGAGGGGAAGAUUCGAUGCAAGGGCUGGGCGUAUUCGGGGGGUGGACGGUGGCCGGAGCGAGUGGAGUUGUCGGCCGAUGGAGGGUUCAGUUGGUAUGCGGUGCCGCAGGAGAAGUUGUCCAAGAAGGGACGGUGGACGUGGCGGACGUGGGAGAUGGAGUUGCCGUGUGAUGUCGAGGGGUGGAUUGAGAUUGUGUGUCGGUGUUGGGAUAAUUCGCUCAACACGCAGCCGUUGAAUGUUCGGGCCGCGUGGAAUUGGGGUCUGCAUGUCACUUCGUCGGCGCAUCGCAUCAGCGUUUACAGCGUCAACAAGAAACAUCCCGCCACGCGUCAGCGCAUUGAGAAGAUGGAGCAUUUGGGGAUUCCGUUGGCGCCGUUGACCUUUUAUCAGCCUGUUCCGGGGCAGACCGAGGAGGAGUAUGAGCAGUUUUGGCGUGAGCAUGAUCCUAGGGAUGUGGAUGAUUAG